AUGAGAAAGAAGAAUGAAGUCUCUAAGAGUGAUGGAUUGGAAAGUACGAAAAAUAGUCAAAUUGGUGAUGUCAAGAGACUUAUCGGCAGAAAGUUUGAGAAUAAUAAAAUCCAGAGAAAAAUGAAACUUGUUCCAUACAAGAUUAUGGAUAAGGAUAGGAAGCCUUAUAUUCGAGUGAAGAUGAAGGAUGGAGAGACUAAGUUUUUCUCUAUUGAAGAGAUAAGUGUUAUAAUUUUGACUAAGAUGAAGGCAACAACCGAGGUAUUCCUUAAAAAGAAAAUAAAGGAUGUUGUUAUCAAUGUUACUCGCGCAAUUGUAUUUAGACCAAAGCUUAGAAACCGACUAUCUAUUGUUAGAAAUGGACUUUUGGGGGUUGAGGUUGAACCAUAUAUUGGUUUCGGUUUAGAUUAUAUGGUGGGCAUAAAGAUUUAUAGCUCAACCUUUAAAGGGUCAAAGAGGGGGUACAAUGAUGUUGAUCUUCUUAACUAUGCAAAUACAAUCGAUAUUCAAGUGACCUACCAUCUUCCAUAUGUGAGGCAACAACUCUAUGAUAUUCCGUACAAUGGGAUCUCAAUUAUGCUUCCAAUGUCACUAGAGCAUUCACCGAUUCAAGUGGUUGGUAUUACCGAGGUAGAAGCAUAUCUUGAAACAGCUUUAACGAGUUAA